GGCGAUGGAGACUGCGGCGAUGUUGAGUUUGCCCUCUGCGCGUUGGGUCACGGAAAUGUACUUGAGAGAAAGAGACAGAGGAGUUUUGGCAAACAAAACGCAUGCAGAAAGAGAGACUUUGCAUGCAGAAGAGUUGGCCAGAAAACAAAGAGAUGCUUUUUACUGGCAGCCUUCUGGGGGAGAGUCGAUUGCGAAUUUGUGUUUGCGAGUGGACAAGGUGAUGGACAACUUGGCAGAGUCGUGCGCAGGUUUGCGGGUGUUGAUAGUGUGCCACGGGGGAGUGAUAAAGUCCUUCCGGGCGUUGAUAGAAAAAGUGCGUCCAGCGGACGCGCGGCGGGAAACAGCAGCAGCAGCAGCAGCAGCAGCAGCAGCAGCAGCAGCAGCAGCAGCAGCAGCUGCUGCUGCCAACCCGAGCAGCAGCAGCAGCAGCAGCAGCA